AUGGCUCAAGAUCCUCGAGCGCUCAUGCAAAAGGCCGACAAGGCGGCGUCGAGCGCCAGCGGUGGCUUUAGUAUGUUCGGUGGGCGAACGGAGAAAUGGGAGAAUGCAGCAGAUCUAUAUACACAGGCCGCCAAUGCAUUCCGGAUGCAAAAGCAGAACCACGAAGCCGGAGCCGCCUUCGAAAAGGCGGCGGACAUCCAAAAAAACAAACUCUCGGAACCAGACGACAUGGCCAACACCCUGACCGAAGCGUUCAAAGUCUACCGAAAAGACUCCCCCGAAGACGCGGCGCGCGUGCUAACAGCCGCAAUCGCGCACUACACAUCUAAAGGCGCCUUCCGACGCGCAGCAACGCACCAACAAAACCUGGGCGAAGUGUACGAGCUCGAGCUCGGCGACACGGCGCGCGCCCUGGCCGCCUACGAAACCGCGGCCCAGUGGUUCGAGUCGGACAACGCCGAAGCGCUGGCCAACAAGCUGUACCUCAAGGUCGCCGACCUGGCCGCGCUCGAAGGCGACUACGCCAAAGCCUGCCAGCUCUUCGAGUCGGUCGCCAAGUCCUCCCUGAACAGCAACCUGAUGCGCUGGUCCGUCAAGGACUACUUCCUCAAGGCCGGCAUCUGCCACCUCGCCUCCGCCGACCUGGUGGCCACCAACCGCGCGCUGCAGAACUACCGCGACCUGGACAGCUCGUUUGUGCAGACGCGAGAGCACAUGCUGUUGCAGGAUCUGGCCGAGGCGGUGGAGAAGGGCGAGCAGGAAUUGUUUGCCGACAAGCUGUUUCAGUUUGAUCAGCUGAGCAAGCUGGAUAAGUGGAAGACGACGCUGCUGUUGAAAGUUAAGAAUGGGAUCGAGGAGCAGGGGGAGGACUUUUCGUAG